ACAGAAUGGUCCAAAUCGAAGCCAGGCUAGCACAGCUAGGAAUUGAUUUGCCGGACGUUAUCGCGCCGAAAGCCGGGCACAUCCCGCUUCUUAAAAACGGCGUGCUGAUGACUGGAAAGGUGGGUGCCGACAAGAGCCUGGAGGAAGGACAAGAAGCAGCGCAGGUUAUUGCAAUUAACCUCCUGGCCACCCUGAAGUCGGAAUUGGGGGACUUGGACAAG